AUGACGCAAUCUGCAAGCCACGAGCAGGUCUCGCCCCUUAAAGACCCAGGAGCAAAUUUGACAGGACUGAGCAGGGAGGACCACAAGGGUCGAGCGCCGGAGGUGACCUCCGCACCGCUGGUUUCUAAGUUGCUUGGCAAGUCGAGUCCCAGGCCAACCUCUUCUCUUGGGUUGUUUCUUCGUGGUCUGGUUGCCAUGCUGGUUGCAGGUACCUGUGCACCCCACAGACCGGGGAUCCGAGCACCCGCCGUGGCGCCGGGGUACAAUCUUGGCCGGAUGGCGAACUGCCGCCGGGAUCCUGAAUCAGAGCCGGAGUCAGUGUUCCCUCGCGAAGUCGGGCUCUUUAGCGACUCUUACUCGGAGAAAAGCCGGUUCUACUUCUGUGGGCAUGUACUGAGCAUCACGCAAAAUUUUGGGUCUCACCUCGGGGUGGCCGCAGGCGUGUGGGAUUCGGCUCUGAGUUUGUGCAACUAUUUCGAGAGUCAAAAUGUGGAUUUUCGAGGCAAGAAGGUGAUCGAACUGGGCGCAGGGACGGGCAUCGUGGGAAUCUUGGCAGCGCUGCAGGGGGGGGAUGUUACCAUCACUGACCUGCCAAUGGCCCUAGAGCAGAUCCAGGGAAAUGUCCAGGCUAAUGUGCCAGCUGGAGGCCGGGUCCAGGUCCGUGCCUUGUCCUGGGGGAUUGAUCAGUAUGUCUUCCCUGGAGACUAUGACCUGGUGCUGGGGACUGACAUCGUGUACAUGGAGCCCACUUUCCCACUGCUACUGGGGACCCUCCAACAUCUGUGUGGGCAUCAUGGCACCAUCUACCUGGCCUCCAAGAUGAGAGAGGAACAUGGGACAGCAAACUUCUUUCAGCACCUUCUUCCCCAGCACUUCCAACUUGAGCUGGCCCAGCGGGAUGAGGAUAAGAACGUCAACAUCUAUAGAGCCAGGCACAGGGAACCAAGACCUGCCUGACGUCACUCCAUUCCAAUAAAGGAACUGCAUAUCUCCAAAGCUGUAUCAUCAAAGCCAUAAAC